UCCUACACACAUCUAGUGUGGAGCCACUUUGCUGACACGGAGCGAUUCGCACACACUGGACUGAGAAUGAACAGAGAACCAGCAGGACAUUUGUGGAUCAACCUCACAGAUGCGGAGUCUUUAAGGACCUUGAACUGAGUUUGAUGGGAGAAGGUGCUGAUCAUCCCUGAAAAGCCGGAGUUCAUGCCAUUCUGUUGAACACGUUUUAGCAAUAAUCUGGAAAGAAACAAACAAACCCUGUUUAUAAAGAGAAGAUGCUGCUGGGCCAGAUGGUUUUGUUGAUCCUCCUCCUCAACUGUGCAACUCUCAUCUCCUCCCUGUCAACCUGCGCCACCGUGGAUAUCGACCACGUGAAGAGGAAGAGGGUGGAGGCCAUACGGGGUCAGAUCCUCAGCAAACUGCGACUGACCAGCCCCCCGCAAUCCCAGGGUCCCAGUAAGAUCCCCUACCAGACCCUGGCUCUUUACAACAGCACCAAGGAGCUGCUGGAGCAGCUGGGCAGGGACCGGCAUCAGACCUGCGGCCAGGACAACACUGAGACCGAGUACUACGCCAAGGAGAUUUACAAGUUCAACAUGGUGAAUAGACCCAAUGAGAGCAAUGAUCUGCCCUUCUGUCCAAAAGGCAUCACCUCCAAGAUUUUUCGCUUCAACGUCUCUGAAAUGGAAAGGAACUCGACCAACAUCUUCAGAGCCGAGUUCCGAGCUCUGAGAAUCCCCAACUCCAGUGCCAAGAGGAACGAACAGCGGAUUGAGCUCUACCAGAUCGUGAGGCCCAAUGAGCACAUUCGAAAGCAGCGGUACAUCGCAGCCAAGAACGUUCUGACCAAAGGAACAGCAGCAGAGUGGGUGUCCUUUGAUGUGACCGAGACGGUGCGAGAGUGGCUGACCAACAGAGCAACAAAUCUCGGCCUGGAAAUGAGCGUCCACUGUCCCUGCCACACCUUCAACCCCAAUGGUGACAUCAUUAUCAAUGAAAACGAGGUGCUGGAAGUGAAGUUUAAAGGUGUGGAUGGAGAGGAGGAGAGCAGCCGACUGGACCUCAGUCACCUCGGCAGGAACAAAGAGCAGAACCUCCCUCAUCUCAUCCUCAUGAUGAUCCCACCUCAUCGUCUGGAAGCGCAGACCACACGCAGACGCAAGAGAGCGCUGGACACCAACUACUGCUUCUCAAACACAGAAGAGAGCUGUUGUGUUCGCCGCCUGCACAUUGAUUUCCGCCGUGACUUGGACUGGAAGUGGAUCCACGAACCAAGCGGCUACGAUGCCAACUACUGCUCGGGGCCUUGUCCUUAUUUGAGGAGCACAGACUCAACACACAGCUCGAUGCUGAGCCUGUACAACACUUUAAACCCCGAGGCCUCUGCCUCCCCCUGCUGUGUCCCCCAGGACCUGGAGCCCCUCACUAUACUUUACUACUCUGGACGGACCCCCAAAGUGGAGCAGCUCUCCAACAUGAUUGUAAAGUCCUGCAAGUGUAGCUGAGGUAGCGUGUUGUCAUCCAACUCCAAUCAUUGACUGUUAGCUGUGACAAAUGACUUGUGACCUCUUUGAAAUGUCGCACAAUUUUUAAAUGACUUGAGGUCCCCCCCCCCCACUAUUUCUGUUUCGAUAAUGAGUCUGUAUUGUAAUCCUCAGCAAACAUUGUUGGUAGAGGAUUGUCUUUCGUUUCUAACCUUGGGAUCAUUUCGUUGACGUACUGUUGGGAGAGUCCUCGCGGGAUGGAUCGCUUUCCUUUAGUUCCCUUUAGUUGAAAGAGUGGGCAUUAUCUUCAAACACAAAAGGAGAAAGGACAGACUUGGUGCUGAAUCUAAAGCCAUCGCUGCGGUCAGGGAGAAGGGGAGAAUGCCUUCUGGAUUUGCAAUGGAAAGUGAACGAACAAAGACAUUGAGCCAAGCUUUUCUUUUCUUGGCCAGUCGGCACGGCCCUUUCUUGUCGGUGCAUCUAAUAGAAAAACUGGAAGACGAAGAGGAAGGAGAAGAGUAUGUGACCUGUGUGGAAGAGAAGGAGCGCGGUGGAAAAUAGCCACGAGCAGCACGCUGCCAAUCACUGGAAGAUUUCAUUGCUAACAGGUUCAAAUAGUUUCUGGGACAUCAAAGGACAAACUGGAAAUGGACUGAUGCAACUUUUUCAUUAAUAGCAGCUGUUAUGUAAUUAUUACACAGAGGUUGUUUCUCUGACUGGGAAGAGAUCUGUGGAGGUAGCAAGGGUCUGACCAGCUGAGCAGGAUCUUUUCAGUCUUUUGUAUGUGACGUAGGAUUUUUUUUUUUUUUUUUAAUAAGCCCUUUAUACUUUGAUAUUACGAUAAAGAAAGGUUUUGCAAAAUGUCUCAAUGUUCUUUGCUGUCCUGUGGAACAACACUAGAAUGGACGUGUUCAUGACUAACCUGAGUUGUAACUUGGGCUGGAGUCAUCUUUAAGAAGUGACACUGAGUGACGUGAUUCAGAAACAUGCCGCCGAUGUUUCUCUCGACACGUGGAAAUGGGAGGCAGAUCAAAGAUAGACGACACCACUACAAAGUAUUUCUCUCCAAACUCUGACCCUGACAGGUCAUUAUUGACAGAGUAAUAACUAAUAAAUAUCCAGAACACGGCUGAUAAAGGCAAGUGACCCAAACGAAAAACCCAACUCUGUGUCUGUGGACCCAUGUGACUGUAGACCCAUGUGUUCCGUCAAGCUGCUUGUAAAAGUGUCUCUCUGCCCAAAUAAUAAAGUCAGCUUU